UAUAACAUUCAGGAUUCCUUUGUAACUUUUCGUUUUUGCUAAUACCGAGCUAUACGAUUUGAAUAGAUUUGUUUUGAAUGUUUCAAGUAUACAAACUGCUUUCAUACAGUUUGCCAACUUUUGAAUGGUAUCGUCUGUAACUUUAUUUUUAAUACAGCUAUUAAAAGGUAUGUCAGGACAAAAUCAAUAACAUCGAGGGGUCACGGUUAAAUAUUUCCAGUUAAAGUUGACUACAACAGCUUCAUUUUUAUAUUAGGAUUUUAAGAUAUCCUUAAGAUUGCAAACACGAUGAAUGGAGCAGAGGGUGCUACCGGAAGCACAGUGAAUCUGGCAGGGAGCAAUAAUGGGGGACAGGUCAACUCCCGACUGUUGCUUAUUUUGAUUGCGGUACUUGGAGUAAUAGCAAUCAUAGGGUUAAUAUUGGCAGCUGUUGCGUUGGGCAGACCCGCUGGAACCUCCGUGACAGUCCAGCCGGCUGUAAGUGGUGAUGGGUCAGCGGCGAAGGUCUCUCAAAGUGGCAAAAGGAUCUGGAGUAUUGCAAACGGCCAUGACUAUGGAGCAUACGAGUAUAUAGAUGACGAAGGAUACCUACAAGGCUUUUCCUAUGACCUUAUAAAAGCUGUGUGCGAUGCGGCCGACAUGGACUGUAGAACCGUAUGGGACAAGUAUAGCAACUGCAUGAACUCUGAAGCAGGGGAGCAUUCGAUGGGAGGACAAGGUCUGCUAGACGGAUGGUACGAUGCAUGUAUGAACUGGUCUCCAACCAUUGGAAGAACACACGUUUUCUCAUUUUCCGAAUCCUAUGACAAACCGACCAUGGCACAGUUUUAUGUGAAAAAUGAUGAUUCCACUUUCAAUCCAAGUGACAUUACUGGGAAGAAAAUAGGUUUCAUUGAUGGAUGGGCGUACGAUGAGAAAUGCGUUGCCAGACAAAAAGGGUCCAUCACGGGGUCGACUUUAGAUCGUGCUAACAUUGUUCAUGUUAGCAGUCCAACUGAACUCAUUCAAAUGAUAACCAACGGCAAGGUAGAUGCAGUGUUCACGGGAGAGGAGAAUAUGGAGACAGCUGUUAAAGACGGUACAGUGAAGAAAUCUGGUGGUGACAUUAGUUGUAUGCUGGGAGGAAAUGCAGUAAUGGCCAGACAAGACAGUUCUUUCAUUGCCCUAUGGAAUGAAGGAUUCAGAAAAAUCAAGGCAAAUGGAGAUUAUGAUAAGCUUUGCGAUACGGAUAAGCACAGUAGCAAAGGAACAGUUGGUUGUGUGCCAAGCAUGAAGUAGGUUUCACAAUGCUGUGUGUGAAUGUAACAAUUCAAAUUACAAUUGAGAACAAUAUUGUAUAGAACAUCAUAAUCCUGGCACACCCUGGGUAUAGUCUGUCACGUGACUUCAUGGAUGACGUGUGCGCGAGUGAUUAGCAUUUUCUUUCGCUUGAGGUUUGUAAUCACACUUUUUACAUGUUUUAAGAUUUUGUAUCUCUGUGAAACUUGUCCCGU